AUGCACAGUGAAGACAUCAGUACAACACAAACUGAAAAACUGAAGAUGAAGUUCUCACUGGAUGUGUUUUUCAGCUUCUUUCUCUGCCUGUGUGUGGCUGAAAUCUCUGAUCAGCGACAAGCAGGAGAGACCAACGGAGCUGAAAGCAGCAGCAUGGAAAUGUCUUCUGUCACCACUGGUCACCAGACAGGAUGCCACAUAAACGAUGGGCUACUACUCAUUAAGAUAAGAGAGCUGGAGGACAAACAGAAAAACACUGAGAGACAGUUAGAGAACCUGAGGUCAACGAUCCAAGCUUCUAAAGGUGUUGCAUUUGGAGCAUCUAUAAGCAAUGUUGGGAACAUUGGACCAUUCAAUACCGAGAUCACACUGAUCUAUAAGAAGGUCUACGCUAACACAGGCUCGUUCAACCCUGCAACAGGUAUUUUCACUGCUCCUGUCAGAGGAAUGUAUUACUUCAGUUUCUCAGGUCACAACAUUUCAUCUCGACCAAUGGGGCUGCAGCUGAUGAAGAAUGGACAACAGAUGGUGACCGUGUACAAUCACGUUGCUGGAAAUCGCCACGAGACGGCGACCAAUGGGAUGACUCUGAGGCUUGAACGUGGAGACCAGGUGUACAUGAGGCUGACACAAAACACCUGGAUUUUUGAUGAUUUAAAUGACCACAGCACCUUCAAUGGUCAUCUGUUAUUCUCCCUGUAAGAGUUAAGGAGCUGAAAUCACUGCAAAAAGUAA